AACCUGUCACAUGGCCUGUCCUUUCUACAAAUAACUUCCGGUUAGUAUAAAAGGGUGGUUUCUAACGCGUUCUUUGGUUUCCAGGGUUACGUAGAGAUUCUCCUGUUGGUUUAUUUGUGGUGUUUUUGAAAAGGAGAAAAAGUAAACUUUUAUCUAGUCUCAUUUUAAAAUGAAUGACAUUGGAAACUUAGAAGUAAGGUGGAUACAAGGCUUUACAAACAAGACUAUCGUAUUUGUGGACAAUAAAACAGUAUGUUACACAUGUGGAAUUCAUAUCUGUUUUCUGAAUCUGGAGACAAAAAUGCGUUGUGUUCUUCCGAGUCCUUGCAGAGGCAUUGGUGCCUUGACAGCCAGUGGCAACAGUAAGAUUUUUGCUUUCUCUGAGCAAAAACUGUUCCCAUCUAUAUUUGUGUACAUUUUUCCUGAACUUCAGCUAAAGAAUGAACUAAAAGGAACAGCACAACUGGACUACACGCAUCUGACAUUAAGCGAUGGUGGUCCUUACUUGGGCUGUUGUUCCUCUCUUCCAGACCACACCAUAACAGUGUGGAACUGGGAAACUGCUGAGCCAAUUUGUACACAACCACAAGCUGGGCAGGAUGUCAUUUCUUUGGUCUUCAACCCAUUGAAUUGGCAGCAGCUUUGUGCUUUGGGCACUACAUUCCUCACUGUCUGGAAUAUUGAGAAGAGUGCCAACUUUCAUGUCCUGAAACCAAGCAUGAUAGAGCUUCCAGCAACUGAUGGAUCAUUUGUUGAGAGACUGGAGCACACUUCUUAUACUGUCAGUGAUAAGCUGCCCUAUUAUGGUCCAGAGAUGGCUUCAUCAGCCAUCUCAGGGCUCAAGGGAGACAAGACAGAGAGCAGUGCGACUAAAUUCUGCACCAAAGCCAGACUUACUCCUACCGCCAUCUGCUGGACAGCCACAUCACAGCUUUAUGUGGGCUGUGAGGAAGGCUUUCUCCUUCUUGUUGAUCCAGAGAGCCUCUCUGUCUCAGUCCUCAUCAAUCCCAAAGCUUCUGAUGGUGUCCCUGAAAUCAGACAGAGCAACUUUCAAGGUUUAGCCCUUAGCAAGGAUGGUUUGAUUGCUGUAACCAAGGAGAGUGUGGUGCACUGUCUUCAAAUUAAAGGGACACAGCUCAAUGUCACAAAAACACGGAAAUUAGAAGGGGCUGUCACAACUGCAAUGUUCUCCCCUGACUAUGACUCAUUACUUUUAACCUCUAAUACUGGUCAGAUCUAUAUUUUGAACUCAACUGAGUCAGAUGAGAUUGUGAAGGUCAUGGAUGUUCCCAGCGGCAACUUUGUGGCAGCAACUUUGUUGCCCACUAACAAGAACAUUUGUGUGUCACUGAGGGAUUCUGGAGAGCUGCACUUGUCUGAGGAUGGCAUUUGCCUCAGUUCAUUGUCUCUUCAAGCUGAGAUAACAAGUCUAGCCUGCUGUCCCAUUGCGCAAUAUGCUGCUGUUGGAACAACAUCAGGAAACGUCCUUUUCGUUGAUGUGAACAGGAAGCAGCAGCCUCGCCUGGUGCAUCAGGUUCAUCUCUACCACACUCCUGUGGAUCACCUAGUUUUUGACCCAGAGGGACAUUAUCUUCUCACCAGUGGCUCAGAUUCACAUAUCUUUGUAAUAGAUGCAAAGCCAUCAAAGAGGUUUUCAGUCAUAGGAUAUACAGUUGUUCCUGGAGCCAUUGUGUCACUUUCUAUUCAGUGCACAAGGGACUCUGACCAGGUGAAGGUUCUUGCACUGUGCACUGGGAAGGAGGGAAAGAAUCAAGAGGGUAGCCUGCUCACAAUGCUCACCCUUCCUGCAAGGAACCUUACAGGUCCAGAUUGUGUAGACCAGCACGGUCGUCUGUCUGCUCACAUCCUCAGAGUGUCCACAUACAAAGUGCCACAUCCACUUAAUUGCUGUGUUCUGGGGGUCAGUGAGGUCUUUGCAUACUGCCACAGGAGAAAAACUCUUCAGCGAUUUCAGCUUCCUCAGGAUACAGAUGGUCUCUCCAGUCAACAGGUGAUGCAGCUGGAACCAGAGCAGGAGGUGAAGAGUCAUCCUCUGGGCCCUGUCUCUCUCGUUCUGUCUCCUCAUCAGCUAUGGCUGGCUUCAGUAGGCAGAGAUGGUCUACUAUGCAUUAGAAAGCCUGCUUCCAUGGAGCAUUACAUUGAGCGGCAAUGUCAUUCAUGCCGUCUCGGUGGAGUUCGGAGCGUGUCCUUCUCUGCAGACGACCAGACACUACUCACUACUGGCUUUAAAGAUGGCUCUCUUGUGUGCACUAAUCUCAGAAUUAAAGAUGUGGAUGCUGGUGAAGAGACCAAAGCUACUUGGUAUAGCCAGUCUAUGACUCAGUUCUUGAAGAACGUAUUCAGUAGAGAGAACCCCGUCCUCACUGACUUGCCUGAGUGGGGCCAAGGGUUUCCUCCUUGCACUGAAAAACCAGAGGAUGGUGAGGUCAGUAGUGAAACUCUGGAUGUGACAGAACAGGAUGAGAGUUACAACAGUCUGCUGUCUGCUUCACAUUCUCACCCCACCUGGCUGGAAACCAGGCAAGAGGCGGUUAUAAAGGAAGAAAAUGAGCAAUAUUCUGAGACAAAGAAAAACCUGAGGAAAACCAUGAGAGAGUUACGUGACACAAUACAGGAGAUGAUGCGUGAAAAUGAGAUCCUUCCAGAUACUGAGCGUCUGGAACAACAGGAGUUCAACGUGGAUGUUGAUGAGCAAAGGAGACUGGAGGCCAUGGUGAACGAGGAAGUUAUUAAGGUGAGAAAUGAAAUCAAGUGGGAGAUUAUAACAAAAUGUUACCUCCGUGAUAUCCUGAAGAGAGAGUGCUGGGAUUCCAUGAAGUUCAAAGGCAGGGCCAUUAAGGCUUUUCACUCUGAACGUGAAGUAAAGAACUACCCCCUGAAAGAGCGAACAGUAAAAGAGGUGGAGGACCUUCGCAGGGUUCAAAAUAUGAGGAAGUUGGAAGAGGCUGUCUGCACUAGCAGCCAAGAGAAAAAUUCCAACACCACCAGUGGGAAGGUGGAAGAACAGGGGAAGGAAGACCAUGAGGAGAAGAGUGCUGCUGUAACAGGAAGUUUCACCGCUCAGUUAGGAUAUUCAAAUCCUUAUGUUUACGAUCAGUUCAGCCUGCAAACCACAGAACAGAGGAUCAACCAGAUAAUUCUGCUACAGGAUGUGAUCUAUCGCAUCAAGACAGCGUUUAACACUGAAUUUGAGGCGGUGCACAGGAAAAAGGUACAGGAGCUCAACCAUGUGAGGGACAGAAACAGACAGAUCAGGGAGAUCAUGCUGGAGCUGGACAUGGACAAAAAGCUGUGGGAGCCCAGCCUGACCGACAGCGAGUGGCCAGAGAGGAUGCUCACUGUGGACGACUCUGAGAUAAAAGCAGAAAAGCACCUCACCCUAGAACAGAAAAGGGAGGAGGAGAGGAAAAUGCUGGAAGCUCAAAGACAUUUGGCUGCCAAGGGUGAAAAUUUCAGAGAAAGGGCUCUCACCGACAUGAUGGAUGGAGUGCUUGAAGUGAAAAAAGGCGACAUCUUGAAAAUGGAAAUACCACCACCUGAUUUUGUUUUGACCAAACCUGACAUUCAGUGGAGUGAGGAAGAGAAAAAAGCCUAUAAAGAGUUUGAAAAGAAAACCAAAACACUGAAUGAGGAGAAGGAGAAAUACAAAAAGUUACUGGAACCUGAAAUGAAAAGGCUCCUGGUAUCCACCAGGAGUGCAACUGAAAAGUUUGAUGACAUUUUGACUAAACUGUUUGAGAAGAAAAUGAAAUGUGAAAUAGCUAUUUCUCAGGAAGAGCUCAGGAUUACUUAUCUUGUUUACUCAGUCCUCAUAGAAGAGGAGAUGAGAAACCGAGAGCUGGAGCUCAAGCUCAAACUUGAAAAAACGUUGGCAUACAAGGAUGAAAUUGGGGAGGAGGUGAAGAGGCAUGAAGAAGAACUAGAAUUGUCUCACAAGAACUAUGACAGCAUUGUAGCUGAGGAUAAAGUUCUUGACAAAGAAUUCAGGAAGGAGUUCUUUGAUGUUCCAGCCCAUGUGGUUGAUCAUCUAUAUAAGCUAUUCAAGCGUAGACCCAGGAUUCAAAAGAUGAGGACCCAGACUGACAACAACUCCAACCCAUUUAAAGAGGAGCAUCUGUGUGGUUCUCUGGCUACUGAUACACUAUGUAAAAUGCUGAAGGCCAUGGAGGAGCUGGAUACUCCAGACAACAUGCCAGAAGGCUUGAACCCAUCAAUCUGGGAGAGGUUUUGCCUUGUCCGCAGAACUAAAGUAGAGAGUGAACAAAAGAUAAAAGUUCAAGCUUUGACUCUUGCUGAGAUGCAGGCGUUCCUACAGAAGAGGAAAUAUGAGGAUACAGCAGCUCAGGAAAUUAAAAAUCUUUCUGACAAACUUGAGAGUCUUCAUAAGGAGAAGAUUCGUUUUCACAAAGACAUCAUGGUCCAGGUCCUUCUCAAACAGGGCCAGGUGGAGGCAUCUACCACAGACCUGACAGCUGACUAUACGGACUCUGUACUUCUCCACAGGAGUGUGGUGGAGGACCUCAACAGAACCAUCAGGAUGCUUGGUCAGCUGAAGAUAGCUACAAUGGUGGAGUGCAAAGACUUCCGCAAGGGCAUCAUUCAGCUGGAGUGGGAGCACAAGAUGAAGAGGAUGCAGAUAGAGGACCUCAGUACUAAGGCAUGGGACAUCCAGAUGUUACGACUCUCUGAGGAGCAACAGGAUUAUCUCCUCAGGACAGAUCGAUACAGCCGUGUAUCCAAGCAAGUUUCUGUUCUGAAGAAAACCAUAGAUUUCCAGGAAAAGAGUCAUCUACAGAACGUGCAGCAUCGCAUUAAAAAAAUUGAACAGCUUAACAGGCAGGCAGCAAUGAAAGCUGAGAAGAAUGCAAUUUUAGAGCAGCAGCUGCCUGAUAUGCAGGCAACUGUGGCAGAGAGGAAACACAUCUAUGAAGAAACUGCAUCAGAGGAAAAUCAGGCUGCUGAAACAGAAGAGCGCUACCAGGAGAUUGUUCAGAAGAAGAACUUGCAGGGCCUUGCCAGAGCACAAGCGGAAAACCUGGCUUUCCUCUGGGCAGAACUUGAGCGUCUGAGGAUGAAGAACUUCCCUUCACUUGAUAAGCUGAAUCACAACUGAGCAAAGCCUUCUCUUCAACAGAU